UUAAGUUAUUACAAUGUAGCUACACUUGAAGUGAAUACGAUUUUUCGUAUUAUUAAUCAACAAAACCGUGCCUCGUUAAAGUACGACAAUUCAUAGACGAAACUAAUUGCAAAAAUAUCAAAUGAAACGAAUGUCGGACACGUGUUUGCGAUAUUCUUAAGAGAGGAUAGACUUCAAUAACACUUGAUACAUGUAAUCUUGCUUGAGCAGAAAACUGGAUCAUAUUUUUGUAAUCAAAACUUAGAACUAGGAGAGAUUGUAUCAGCAAAUCAAUUUUACUUACAAUGAGUGAGUCUGACGAUUCAGAUAUUUUGGCUGACAUAAAGGCCUUGGACAAUGCCUUGCUGUUGGACAGUGCCAAUGACAAGGCUAAUAGUUCAUGGCAUGAUUUACAUGAUGACAGCAGUUCUUCCUCGAUUGAUGAAUCUGAUAAUGAAUCCUAUAAUGAUGAUCAGUUCUACAAUCAAUUGUGUCAAGAUACUGAAACUAUUAAUGCCUAUGAGAUCAAUAAAAAAUUGACUAAAGGUCUGAUGCUGGUUAAGAAAAAAGUGAGUGUUAUGCUGCAGCGCUGCGAGGAGAAGAUAGAAGAGUUAAGUGAAGAAAUAGAAACAAACAAGGAUGGAAACAUGUUGCAAGUACGUACAAGAUACUCCAUAGCUGGCACGCCGUAUUUCAAAGACAAAGCGGGCUUCGGCGCAGCCAAAAACGCCGACACGAGGCUGAAAGAAAGUCGGGACGAACUGUCAGUGUUACAAAUGCAAAAAUCGUGUCGCUGGUCAGGUACAGACAGGACGAUGCUUUUAAACGCUAUAUACGAUGAAGUCCUCAACUCGAUAUCAAUUUCGGGAUCCAACGUGGAAAUUAACGAACUGUCUGAUGAGAGAACCAACAAUCAAACUGGAGAUACGGCGACCAACGGAGUGCCGAGUAAGAGUGAUAGCAUUAUGAAUAAUUCAGCCCUAAGAACUGUGACACCCAUAAAUUUCACCGAGAUAGUAAGAACGAUGAGUGAGAAGCAAAUUGAUUGGAUGAAGAUAGCAGCUCAGCAUUUUUCGAACAAACAUUCACUGGGCGAGUGUCGUUCCAUGUGGAAUGUCUACUUGCAUCCUGAUAUCAAUAAAGGUGAUUGGACAAACACGGAGGACCAAAAAUUAGUGAAAUUAGCGAAAAAGGGCGGCUACCAAGAUUGGGAUACCAUCACGAAGAAGCUCGAUACAAAGCGCAGCGCUUACCAAUGUUUCAUUCGAUAUAACACGAUCCAGAAUUUGCCAGUGGCUGGACGUGCUUGGACCAAAUUGGAAGACGAACAUCUUCAGUUAGUUUUAAGUAAACUUCAGAUCGGGAACUACAUUCCUUGGGCUGAGGUCGCGAUUUACAUGGGCAACAGGACCAAGCAACAGGUUUACACCAGGUGGAUGUACAGAACAGCGCCGCACUUGACGAAAGGUAGAUUCAACUAUAUGGAAACAAAAACACUCCUGGAAGCGAUAAAACAAUACGGCACCAACUUCAGCAAGAUAUCACGCUAUGUCAUGCCACAUCGAACCACUGUACAGCUUAACAACCAUUAUCAGUCGAUUCAUCAAAGCAAGGUGAACAAAUGGACACACGAAGAUGAUGUAAAACUGCUGAAGCUGCAUAAGAAGCACGGUAACGAUUGGGUUAAAAUAGCCAAGAGUUUUACUCUUAAAACAAGGACACAAGUGAGACAUCGACAUAUGGCGUUACAAAAAUAUAUAAACAAAGGUUACAAAAUCAUGACUAUACCUAGAUCUAAUCAGUCAACGUCACUUGGCAGUAGGAAAACUGGCGCAUCAUUAUUGGCCCAGAAUUCGAAAUCUACCUGUCAAAAAAUAUCCCUGUUAAAUUGCGUUGUAUCGAACGAUACAAUUCAAGAAAGACUCUUCGAAAAUCUUAAUUUUCCACUUAUGUCGGGGAGUACGGAAGGUUCACAAGAAAUUUAUGAUCUUAAACAACUCGCACAUAACACUAAAGAGUUAUAUGAAAUAUUGAAACUAUUAGAUGUUAAAUUCGAUGUUCCAAAUAUGUUCCUUGAUUAUGCACAUUUAAGUAAAAAGGAAAGACAACUUUUUGCUUCUCUAAAAAAAUAUGUAAACGUAUGUCAACCUGUGAGCAAUGAGAAACACAAUGAGAUAAUUGAAAGAUUCAGACUUCAAAUGUUUGGCUCGGAAACACAAAGUGUUAUCUCUCAUUUUAUACCGCCGCUUCCCUUUAACGGAUACGUCAAGAGAAAAAGAAAAUAUAAAACGAACUCUAUAAAUUAUGAUUUAGACUACAGCGAAAAAUUUCUCGUUGAUGUGUCAGACAGAAUAAUUCCCUGUUAUAGUAAUUGUUAUUUUGUCGAUGUUGAUGAAGAGAUUCAAUUUCAAAAACUUAGUCAACUCUUAAUCAAUGAUAAUUAUAGUUGUAACAGACAAAAUAUAAAUUCACUUGCAUCAUUAGGCUACAAUUCCUCUUUUAAUGAAAUAAAAAAUCAAACCCCUCUAAGAUCUAAAUCAAAUACAGCAAUAGAGAUAGAAAGACACGCAACUAAAACAGUACAAUCGUGUAAGACACAAAAAGCCACUUACGCUGAACAUAUUAACAAAGACAUUGAAGAAAUGGAGAUGUUGGAUGCGAUUACACCGAGCCAGGAGACUUUAUUAGGUCUGAAAAACUUAAUUUUUUGGAAAAUGCUAUAUGAAUAUGAAAAUAAUCAAUCUUACUCAAAAUCAAAAAAUAUUAUGCAACAACCAAAUAGCACCGAAUAUGAGAAAGCAUAUCAGACAUUGAAAACUCGUCUAAUGCGUUUAUUUAAGUUACCUUUAGCUCUAUCACGUGUUAUGGUAGAGUUGCCUGAACAAGAAGCGCUAUUCAUAAUGGAAGAACAGAAGGAACAAUCAAAACAGAAAUGGUCUGAGAAAGAAACUGAAAAGAAUAAACAAACAAUAUUUGCGAAUAACAGUUUUAUGCAAAAAACAACAUGGUAAAACCACACAAAUUAUCUUACAACAUACAGCUGAAAAGUAAAAUGUAAGAGGAUGAAACUGUGAAAUGACAAUUCUUAAUUAUUGAAUUAAUGAGUAAAAUCUUUUUUAUUCAAGUAAUUCGUGAGCAGCUCAUGUAAAUAGUAUUACAAAUAACACGAUGUAAUUAAUUAAAAAUCAUAUAGGAAGCAUGGAAGUUUUAUUACAUUUCAAGUGUGUUACAUUUUUCUUUUAUAUCGAAGUAGGCGGUUAUAGGACCGACUGUUAUUUAAUACAAAUAUAUAGUUUUCUGAAAAUAAUUCACAUAAUGUAUUACAUAGUUGUAAUGAUAUUAGCAUGUGUAAAUUGAAAUAUAUACGUAUAAAUGUAUAUAUGUACAAACACAUAUAUUACAAAUAUGCACUUAGAGUGAGUAAAUAGAAUAUAGGUUACAAUUAUUAGUUUUUACUGGAAGGCCGUAAGAAUAAAAUAGUUACUAAGAAGAAAUUCAGUUCUAGUUACUCACUAAA